AUGGAGAUAAUUAAAAAGUAUGGAGCUGGCAUAUGGUUGAGUGUGAUUGCUAACGAAUACGGCCGAAAUCUGUCGACGAUAGACACCAUCCUUAAACAGAAGGAAGCCAUCAAAGCGGCUACACCUUCCAAGGAUCGUGAUGAGAUUGUUGCAUUCUGCAAGUCCAUGGGGCUGGUCGUCGACAAGGACGACAUCAAUGACCUUCUCGAGGAGCAUCAAGAGGAGAUUACGACGGAUGACGUGAAGGAGUUGGAGGCCAUGCAACAUAAUGUCGUUCAAGAAAAGUUCUCUAGCAGCAGUCAAGUAUCAGCUCAGAGAUGUGUGUUGGAAGUUACUAGAUACAAGAAGCAGCUAAAAGAACAAGUGGAUUCCUUUGUUGAGCAGAUGGUAGUGAGACGAGAACUGACUGAUAAUUUUUGCUUUUAUCAGAAAGAUUAUGACAACAUAAAUGGAGCAUAUGCAUGGGCAAGGAAUACCCUAAAUGACCACAGAAAAGACAAACGACCGUAUUUGUAUACUAGAGAGACACUAGAGGAAGCUAAAACUCACGAUGAGUUGUGGAAUUCUGCUCAGAUUCAGUUGGUUAAGGAAGGAAAGAUGCAUGGAUUUUUGCGAAUGUACUGGGCAAAGAAAAUUUUGGAGUGGACAGCAAGCCCAGAGGAAGCACUAGCCAAUUGUAUAUAUCUUAAUGAUAAGUAUAAUCUAGAUGGCAGAGAUCCUAAUGGAUAUGUAGGAUGCAUGUGGUCAAUCUGUGGCAUACAUGAUCAAGGUUGGGGAGAACGCCCCAUAUUCGGCAAAAUUCGCUACAUGAAUUAUGAUGGUUGCAAGAGAAAGUUCAAGAUAGAAGCCUUUGUUGCAAGAUAUGGAGGAAAAAAACACAAGUAUGUUUCCCCAAUUAAAGGAUAGAAAGUGUAACUGUAUGCCAUUAAACCUAAAUGGCUUGAGCAUGUACAAAUUAGACCUUAACAUUCAGCAGUACUUAAUAUUAUAUGUUUUAUGAUUAUUUAACAGAAUAAAUUGACUUUUUGCAAAUUUAGCAUUUUGUUUAGCAUCAUUCUGAUGUUUUGAAAUUAUAAGAAAUUUAUUUUACCAAACGAAACUUGUAUGUUGACACCAAGGCUGUCUUAAAACCUCUGGUUUAUAGUCUAAUGGUGAUUCCUUGUGUCUGAGGAAAAGAUUUUAUAAGCGAAGUCUGUGUGCCUGUUGAGACUGAAAAUUUGGAGUGGAAAGUAUGUAAUGAAUUAUUAGUGGCAUAAUAUAAGAAUAUAGUUCUUAAGGUAUUGGUAUAUCUGUGUCAUUCUCAAAACUUGAAGACUUACAAACAUUUUAAAUAUCAAAAUAGGCCAAGUUCUCAUGUUAAGAAUUCGCUUAUUAUGAAAGUUCAUUGUCCAUCAUGUAGCUCACCAUAAAGUUUUUAAAUCUUAGUGUUAACAGGCAUUACACACACUGGUGUACAACCAAAGGUAUUAUUUUGGGAUUUCUAUCUUGCCCCCAGUAGUACCUUAGUACUUUUUACUUAAGGGUUUUUGAAUUUGUCAUUCUAUAUGCAUAUCAAAGGUGCAUACUUGUGAUUUAGUAGAGAUCUACUAUCAGCUACACAAUCAAUGGACAGCUUGUUUUUUUAAUAGCAAGAUAUUAAUGCUUGAAGUGUAAUUUAAAGCUCUAGACUGCUGUGUUCUUACACAUGAUAUCACUGAUGUGUAAUAUAUGAUUUGUUACUGGCAAGUUGCAGAUUUGAAGUUUGGUAGCUCAAAGUAAAUAUCACAGCUGGUAUUAUUCUGGUUAUUUAUGUGUCAUUAAUACUCAUUAGAUUGAUCCACUUGCAAUGGUAUAGUCAAUUCUGAAAUUAUACAUGUCCAAGAUUAUAUUUGAGUCAUGUGCUCCUGAUAUUUGCAGCUGCUGCUGUUAUACUAGGAUCAUCUUAUUUUGCAAAGAAUGAGCAAUUUUUAUCCUGUUUUUUAUCAUAUGAAUUCUUUCUUUGCUGUUAUUUGCUUGAUUCCUUUUUUUGUUUUUUAUUGUAUGAAUCCUUUUUGUUUUUUUGUUGUACGAAUGCAUACGGAGCCAAGUAUUUUGAAGGUUAUUUCAAGAGUUGUGAAGUAAUCGGAUGCUUUAUAUGGAUGUUAGGUAAGGCUAAGAAUUGGCAGAAAAGUGUUGAUCCAGUAAUCAGUGAAACUGAAUUCAAUGUGAAGUCUUUUCAUAUUCAUAUAUUUAAAAAUAAGAGUUGUCCCCUUUACUGUCAAAAUGGUUUACAAGUGUAUUAUAUACCAAAAGUAAACUGAAUCUCCACUAGAGUUAAGGUAUUCCGCUGUUCAAGGAAGUAAAUUACUGAAGUUGUAAAUGAUGUUAAGUUUAUAACCAAUUUUUUUUUGGCUUGUAUUUUUUUUAUAUGUAUAGUAAGUUUUUAUUCUGAAAAA